AUGCUCGAUACGCCGCGCCGUGCGCGCCUUCUUGCUGAUGCACGCCACACAGCUGGCAAAUUACCUCGUACGCAGCUAUUUAAGAUACAUAAUAUAUCUGAAACAACUGGCUAUCGAAUCAUCCAAGAAGGAACUGCGCGCCGCAGCGAGAAAGUCCACAAUCGAUGCCGAAAACGAGUACUUGCUCCGUACGAGUGUGAAGCAAUUGAGGCAGUAGAAGAUGCUAAUUUUGGCUUUGCUUCGUCAAGUCAUUAUAGGGUGGCACAGAAAAUUGGCCUAGCUAAUGGCUCUGAACGUGCUAUUCAAAGAAAUAUGAAGGAUUUUGGCGUAGGGACCUAUAUGGCCGCGCAGAAAAAGAUGCUCUCUCAAGGGCAUAUUGAGGCUCGAAUUAUAUGGGGAUUUGAGCGCCGAUAUUGGCAAUUGGAUCAAUUCAAGCAAUAUAGAUGGUGUGAUGAGUGCCAUUUUGCUACUGCCCUGCAACGACAGGCUCGAAUUCAUCGUCGACCAGGGCUUGAAGCACGAAAUGCCCUAUCAAAGACCCAAUUCAAGCUCAAGCGCCAAAAUCAGUCAGUCCAUGUGUACGCAGUUAUUGGAUGGAAUUUCAAGGGUCAGCUCCACUUCUACACAGGCUCCGGAGUAGGAGGGCGUCUUAUUCAGGACGAUUAUAUGGCUAUUUUGAAAGAAAUCGUUGCUCCUGAUUGGGAUAAAGAUUCCAUAUUAAUUGAAGAUAAUGACGGGCCUCAUGGUACCAAGGGCAAGGGUCCUAACAAGGUUAAAGCACUCAAGGACCUUCUAGGGAUCAAAUGGGAGAUGAACCCUGCUAAUUCGCCUGAUCUCAACCCCAUUGAGACGAUCUGA